GGAGACGGAUAGGUCCGGGGCAGACGGGCGUUGGGCUGCGUGCGCCAUGCUGGGCUUCCCCUCCGGUCGCGGGAGUUGGCUUCUGCCGGCGGAGCCAUGAGCUUAAGCCAAGAGCCGCCCUCGGCCAAGAGGGUGCAGCUGGAGAAGGGGCUGUUGGUGCCAGUGGACCAUCGGCUGCAGCCCCUGCGCUCCCUCCGCGAGCGCUCGCUGUUCCCGCCCCCCGUGGAGAACCCCUUCGUGGCCGAGAGGCACUUCAGUCCAUCGCGCUGGCUCUGCAUCUGGCUGAGCGGCCUCAUCCUGGUGCCCCUGCGCGUCGUGCUCCUGCUGCUGCUGGUCAUCCUCUCGUGGCCCUUGGUGUUCGCGGCCACGGCCUUCCACCCGCUGAAGCGGGCCCAGCCGCUGCCGCGGUGGAGGCGGCGGCUCACGCACCCGCUGUUGCAGGUGCUGGGCCGCAUCUUCUUCUUCUUCUUCGGCUUCAUUGUGAAGGUGAGGGGCACCGCGGCCAAUUCCCGCGAGGCGCCCCUGCUGGUGGCCGCCCCGCACUCCAGCUUCUUCGACGGCAUCGCCUGGAUCUUCGCCGGUUUGCCGUCCGUUGUGUCUCGGGAGGAGAACGCCAGCUAUCCGUUCGUCGGCAGGCUGCUCCUGGCCGGGCAGCCGGUGCUGGUGUCCCGGGGAGACCCCGAUUCCAGGAAGAACACGGUUAACGAAAUUAAAAGGCGCGCCACCUCCAAAGGGCGGUGGCCGCAGAUCCUGAUUUUCCCCGAAGCCACCUGCACCAACCGCACGUGCCUGAUCACUUUCAAACCGGGAGCCUUCGUCCCCGGAGUCCCCGUGCAGCCGCUGCUGCUCCGCUAUCCCAACAAGCUCGACACGGUGACCUGGACCUGGCAGGGGACUUCGGCCUUCCAGCUGCUCCUGCUGACCCUCACGCAGCCUUACACAAACAUGGAAAUGGAGUUCCUGCCUAUUUAUGUCCCCGACGAGGAAGAGAGAAGCGAUCCUGCCCUUUAUGCCCGAAGAGUACGGAACGUCAUGGCCAAUGCCUUACAGUUGCCUGUCACAGAUCAUACCUAUGAAGACUGCAGACUGAUGAUUUCUGCAGGAAAGCUGACCUUGCCUAUGGAAGCGGGCUUGGUGGAAUUUACCAAAAUCAGCCAGAAGUUAAAUUUGGAUUGGGAUACUGUCAGAAAACAUUUGGAUGAAUAUGCCACAAUUGCAACUUCCGCAAAAGGAGGCAGAAUUGGAAUUGAAGAAUUUUCCAAGUACUUAAUGCUUCCCAUUUCUGACACCCUGAAGCAACUCUUUGGCCUCUUUGACCGGAACCAAGAUGGUACCAUAGAUUUCAGAGAAUAUGUGAUUGGGCUGUCGGUCCUGUGCAACCCUGUCAACACAGAAGACCUUAUCCGCAUGGCUUUCAAGCUCUUUGACUUGGACGAGGAUGGCUACAUAACAGAGUUAGAGUUUGCCAGUAUUCUCCAGGCUUCUCUUGGCGUUAGAAACCUAGAAGUUUCAGGUCUCUUCCAAGAAAUAGCCAAAGAAAGCGCAGAUCACAUUUCCUAUACAGAAUUUAAAAGUUUUGCUAUGAAGAAUCCAGAAUAUGCCAGAUUGUUUACUACUUACCUAGAACUCCAGAAGAAUUAGAAAGAUGACAAAAUUGCUUUGGAAAAGAAGUCAUUGUACAAGGUUCAACAGCCAAUUUCAUAGAUCCUAAAAUCAAGUGGAGAAGUUUGUGCUAAAUCUGAACUUCAUCAGUUUACCAAAAGCAAAACAAAACAAAACAAUCUCAGAGCUGUUAGAAAUGCUAAAAACAACUUAAUAGAUAAAGAAAUCCAUUCAGAUAUCACUUUUUGUAUAGGCCCUACAUUGUUCAAAGCUCACAAAGCUGUGCUUUUAUCAAGAGUUCCAGACUUCUAUUUUCACACUAUUGAAAAAACAUUAAAUAAUUGGGAGAACCAUGUUCCUGUUGCUGUGGAGAACUUUGAACCUUCAGAAUUUAGAACAUUUUUACAAGUUGUAUAUUCAUCAGACAAAAGCUUAAAAAACUAUGAAGAAGAAAUCCUGAAAAAGAAGAUGCAUGGGGACAGGUUACAGCAGGAAACCCUGAAUAUUGAUGUAAAUUCUGGAAAAUAUGCCAAAAGUGAUGGAUGGUCAACCCCUUCCCAAAGGAGUUUGACAAAGCUUCAAGAUGGAAAUUUGUUUGGUUCCUCUCUCACUGAAGACUGUCAAGUUCCAGAACAAACCAGUGAUAAUGGGGACAACUUGUCCUUUAUAGACAGUUCUGACCUGGAACCUGCAUCUGAGUUAGGAGAAGAUUUGUUGAAACUUUAUAGGAAGCAUUGGUGCCCAGAUAUUGCUAUCUGUACUGAUGGGAAAAGUUUUCAAGCCCAUAGGGCAAUUUUGUGUGCCAGGUCUCGUUAUUUUGCAGCAAUGUUGAGCGGGUGUUGGGCUGAAAGCUCCCAAGAGCACAUCACUCUUCAAGGUAUAAAACCGGUAGAAAUGAAUGUUAUGAUGCAUUUUAUAUAUGGAGGGACACUGGACUUGCCAAAUAAAACUAAUGCAGGUCAAAUAUUAAACCUGGCAGAUAUGUAUGGAUUAGAAGGGUUAAAAGAAGUGACACUUUAUAUUCUUAAAAGAGACUACUGUAAUUUCUUCCAGAAGCCUAUCCCAGGAAGAUUGGAGGCUAUCCUAGAAUGUCUGAUUAUUGCUCAUUCGGUGGGAGUGGAAAGUCUUUAUGAUGAUUGUAUGAAAUGGAUUGUAAAGCAUUUUGCAAGGUGUUGGUCAGAGAGGAGCUUUGCAAAUAUACCUCCAGAGAUCCAGAAAAAUUGUCUUACUAUGCUAAUUCAAUCUAUAAAUGACAAAAACGCUGCCUUCCUUCUGAUGGAAAGUGACAGACUAAUCGUCAGCCUUCCCAGAGUGAAGUGGACUGAAGCAGCACUGACCAUGGCGUCUAGGCUUCAGGAAGAGUGCAUAGCAUUUAUUGUGGCCAACUUCUCCCAGACAAUACAGAGUGACAACUUUGCUCUUCUUUUACAGUCACAAGCAAUGAGUAGCACAGCAGAUCUCUUGGACAAAGUUCUUAAAGCAAUUGAGAAGAACAUCACCACUGAGAAUAGCUGUUUACUUCUAAUGGCUGUGGAUACUCUGCUGAAUGCUGAAAGUACAAAGGAAAUGGGUUUUACGUGCAAGAUCCAGGCUCUGCGUGAUAAGCUGUGGCUCUUCCUGGUUCAGUCUUUUUAUGCUGUUCGUCACACGGAAAGCUGGAGUCUGAUGAGACCAGAUGAUCAGCAGAAGAUCCAAGCAGCUGCAUUUGAUAAGGGUGAUGAUCGAAGACUUGGCAAAAAACCAAUAUUCAGUAGUUCUCAGCAAAGUAGAUCCAUUUCAGACUCUAGUGAUAUAAAAAACAGAUCUUGGAGAGGAAAAGACAAGAAAGACUACUGUAGUUACCCCUCCACUGAUCAAGAGAAAAUGAAAUCUGAUGGGCUAGGUGCUUCUGGACAUACAUCAAGUACAAAUAGAAAUUCUGUGAAUAAAUCUUCAAAACAUGAUGAUUUAAAGGGAAGGGACAGUAAAAAAGCAGUGUCUAAGAUUACAAAAGAUAUUAAAACUGGGGAAAAGAUUGCUUCUGGAAAGCCUAGAGCUGUUAUAAAGCCCAAAAUAGAAAAUAAUGAUAACACUAAGACUGAUAUGUUUGCUCGACAAGAUAUUGAGCGUUCCUCCUCCUCCUCCUUGAGUGGACAGAAAAAUUCAGUAAGUGGAAAAGGAGUAAAAACCCAGGAAGGAAAAGGAGCAGGUGCUCGGCCAAAAACUGUCACUGGAAGCUCAAAUAUGACAGCUAAAGCAAAGCCUCUGAAGAAAGCCACCGGGAAGGACUCUUCCUGCCCAGGUUCCACAGGCUCUCUCAGCAAGUCAGCCAGUUCAAGUGUGGAAUUACAAAGUCCCAGUGAGUGCCUGGAUGAACCAAAGGAGAGUGGAUCUGUAAAGGAAGAGAAGCCUUCUGACAGUAAACCAUCUCCUUGUAAUACUCUUCAAGGACAUCAAAUAAUGAAGAGCAACUUGGAGAUUUCCAAAGGUUCUGCUGCAGCUGUGAAAUCCCGGCCUGUUUCAAGGAAUCCUGAGGGAAUUUCCAACAAAAAACGAGUUAAUGAACAUGAGAAUCUCACAAGUAAUAGUACAACCAAGAAGGUUAUUGGCAAGGGGUCUGGUGAUCAUGUCUCCCAAGCAGUUUUGAAGAAAAGAGGACACAGUAGCUCUGUAGGUCUACAACGAGCAAAAAGUGCUCCAUCUAGUCUUACUAAAACCCAAGGAUCCCAAGGAGAUUCACCAAAUUCAUUAAAAUCUACAGCCUCUCUAAAACAUUCUGAAGAAAAUGUGAUACUAAAUCCAACACCUAAGAAAAAAGCCACAAAGCAAGCAUAUGCAUCUUUGGCAAAAGCCAAUGUAAAAACAAUGGCCAAAAUUCAGGUGCCCUCAAAGAAUGGGGAAACUGUUAACAAUAAAGAUCAGAAACAGAAAACUACUUCUGGGCAAUCUACAAUAAAGUGUCAGCCUUCUUCCCAAAGAUCUUCAAGAAGUGAAUCACCUGUGAUCCUAAAGAACACAUAUAAUGAUGGACCAAAAAAUUGGGGCCAGAAAAUUGAACCUAUUGGAUUCCAAGUUAAUGAUAAUAACAAAGCCAAACAGAAGCAACGUAGGUUACCAAUUAAUCCUGUAUUAGAGACCAAUGGUGUGAAAACAUGUUCAUCUUCAAGUCUGUCUGAUCCACAAAAGCCAUUAAAUUAUGAAGAAAUUGAUAAAUCUACAGUAGAAUCUGAAUUGUCACUCCCUCCUGUGAACAUUCAGAUUUUACCUAAACCGAAUGAAGCAGUAAAAAGUGAAGUAAAAUCCAAACACAUUUCUAAGGGUAAAAAUGACAUAAUGUAUCCUGGUGAUGGAGAAGGCAUUAAUUACAAUGUGCCUAAGAUACAUAGUGUUACUGAUGGGAGUGGUGAUGCAGAGUCAAAAUUUUAUAGCAGCACCCAUCUAAAAUCCAUGACUUUAAGUCCGAAUCCAGCCCAGCAAUGUGAAAUUAUUUGUAACUUUGUGGAUAAAAAUCACUUAGAUUCAGAAAAUAGAAAGCACUUGUCUUCAGAGAGAGGUAGCUAUUUGGAACAAAAGGCUACUAUAUCAGACAUUAAAAGUGGGAAAGAUACUUCAGUGAGCCUUUCAGAAAGAAUCAAUCCUGCUUUUAAUUCUGUACAAGAUGAAAGAAAAUCUCAUAUUUUUGAGGAAGAGCUAACCGUUAGUAGUCAGUUGCCGGAUGAAUUUUCCAUGCAAGAAGACAGGCAUGUUCCAAACAGAACAGAUGUCUCUGAUAAAUGUUUUUUGAGUCAAAUAUCAGAAAGAAAUUCUCCUAAAGAUGCAAACCCAAUGGGAAUGCCCGAGAGCCAUGAGAAUUUGGAAACUCCUUUUGUGGGUCAUUGGAACCUGACUACAGGUGGGAUGCACCAGCGGGAGAGUCCUGAAUCUGAUACUGGCAGUGCCACUACGUCAUCUGAUGACAUAAAGCCUCGAUCUGAAGAUUAUGAUGCUGGAGGGUCUCAGGACGAUGAGGGCUCGAAUGAAAGAGGCAUUUCUAAAUGCAGCACUAUGUUAUGUCAUGAUUUUCUGGGAAGAAGUAGCAGUGAUACCAGCACUCCUGAGGAACUAAAAAUCUAUGAUAGUAGUUUAAGGAUAGAAGUAAAAGUGAAAAAGCAAAACAACUCUGAUGUUUUCCAAGUCAAUUCAACAAGUGAUGAUGACAUUCCUAGGAAAAGACCCGAAAAUUUGUCUCAACAAGGGAUGGCAGUGAACCAUCCUCAGGAGAAAGAACAUCUUCCACGAGGAAGUAUUCCAUUUACUCAGGAAACAGACCAGGUUUCUUCCUCAGCAGACGAAACGGAAGAUGAAAGAUCUGAAGCUGAAAAUGUUGCAGAAAAAUUUCCUUUGUCCAACCCACCUCCUCAGCAGUUCCAAGGAAUUGUCAAUUUGGCUUUUGAAGAUGCAGCCGAAAAUGAAAGCCGAGGGUUUCCUGCAACUAACAAUUUUAAAAGGUCAAUUUUACUUUCCGUGGAUGAAUGUGAAGAAUUGGGAUCUGACGAUGGGGAAGUUCAUACCCCCUUUCAUCGCUCUAUCAAUUCUCUGACUCCUGAGGUUUUUGAUAGUCUUUGUCAUGAACAUCAUGGAAAAACUUCAUCUUCCAGAUACUCAGAAAUUGAAGAUAGUUUUUUAGAGUGCAAACAAAGUGAAAAAAGUGACAAAUCAGAAGGAAAGGGGAGCCUCCUCUUGGGUCCUAAUGAAUUUGACUCUACAGAAAGAGAUAAACAGGGUACUUCAGCAAACCGUGCAGCAGAUAUACCAGGUAAAGCAGAUGGACUUUGUCUCCCAGAAGAUGCCAGUGUGAGUGUUAGGUGUGAAGAGGACAAUGAAACACAGCAGUGCAUCCGGUUUUAUGAGGGUGAAAUAAAAUCUCAAGAAAGACCUUGUCAUUUGGCACUUCAUCAAAGAGAACCCAGUUCAGACACACCAAAGACCAACAACUCAACCUGGUCUGUGGACUCCCAGAGGAGCCAGGUUCUAACUCAGGAAGGUCUAGUGAAAGAAAUCUGCCAUGCACCUACUGAAAAUGCUAAUACUGCUCUCACUGCAGGAGACAUAGAUGGUUGUGACACAUUGGCACACACCUGCAUGUAUGAGCACCGGUCUUCAAAAGCCCUUUCUCCAAUCUAUGAGAUGGAUGUGGUCGAAGCUUUUGAGCAGAACAUGGAGACAGAGACACAUGGCACAGCCACAGACUAUGAAGAUAGCCAGCACUUUGCGGAACAAGAUUGGACUCUUUUAAAGCAGCUGCUGUCUGAGCAGGAUUCAAACCUCAACAUAAAAAACUCUGUUCCUGAAGACCUAAAUUUAGCACAGUAUCUGAUCAAUCAGACAUUGCUUCUAGCACGAGACAGUUCAAAACCUCAGGGUAAAGCACAUGUGGACACUUUGAGCAGAUGGAGUGAUCUCACAUCUCCACUUGAUGAUUCUUCAGCAAGCCUCACUAUGACAAGUUUUUCCUCUGAAGAUUGUUCUUCUCCCCAAGGAGAAUGGACAAUUCUUGAAGUAGAAACUCAGCACUAAAGAGGUCAAAAAUUUUUAGAAUUGUGAACUUCUUUACCCCUUAUUUUUUAUGCUUAUAUCCAUAUGAUAACUGCAUUAGCCAAAGGCAAACAGCCCUGGGUAUGGAGGGCUCUCUAAUCUUUCCAAUUUACCGAGGUUAAGGUAGUUCAUUUGUCAAUGAGAUAUAAUUACAGGUGGAGGAAAAGUUCAAAACUCCAACAAAUGUUUUUUCUAAGAAUCAUGAGCAUGUUGCUAUAGUUCUUUGAGAAAUUAGAAGUCUUGUAAGAAAAUUCUUGUCUCAUUUUUCCUCUCCCAGCUGGUCAUUUGUUCACUUGUCCUUUAAUACUCAAGGUGUGAAUGCACAAUAAGUGGAGCAGUUCCAUUUCCUUUUGCGCUGCAUAUGAUAACAUGGUAAUCUUCAACAAUAAAGGAUUCACUGUGCUUGUGUCA